GAAACAUAAUCGUCAAAUUGUCUAUCGAUGUAUCUACUACAAUUUAUUAAUAAAUAAUUAAUCUUAUUGGUAAUUUUAGUUCACAUUCCAUUUCGUUUGCACUUUUCAUCACCUAUUCAAAAGUGUUCACAACUUUUACUGAGAUGGCGACUUUACCUAUUCUAUUUCUAAUAUUGUGUGUUUUUGCUUCGGAGGCAAAAAUAUUCCGUAACUUGCAUGCACCACCCCCAAUAGAUGUUCCCGUCGGCAGAGCUACUGUUCCCGUGUGGGCUAACAUAACCCAAAGGGUUGAUCAUUUCAAUCCUGUGGAUAAAAGAACAUGGAAAAUGAGAUAUUUAUAUAACGACGAGUGCUUUGUGAGUGGUGGUCCAAUAUUCAUAUAUCUUGGGGGUGAAUGGACCAUAACAACGGGAAACCUUAUGACCGGGCCAAUAUACGACAUUGCAUGUGAAAAUGGCGGAUAUAUGUUUUAUACUGAACACAGAUAUUAUGGUGAAAGUCAGCCGACUAGUGAUUGGAGUUCUGAAAAUCUAAAGUACCUUUCGGCCGAUCAAGCUCUGGCUGACAUUGCUUACUUUAUCAAAUACCAAAAAGAAAACGUUCAAGCCUUACAAAAUAGUUCAGUAGUAGCAAUUGGAGGCUCUUACUCUGCAACUCUUGCGACAUGGCUUCGUAUUAAAUAUCCUCAUUUUGUUGACAUUGCAUAUGCCUCCAGUGCUCCACUUAAUGCUAAAGAAGAUUUCUAUGAAUACCACGAAGUCGUCAAUGACAAUCUGGUUCUUGCUUCAUCAACGUGUCCUACAGUUAUUAGAUCAGCAAUUUCUGAAAUUGAGACCAUGCUUGAAUCCGAAGAAGGUAUUGCCACAGUGUCUGCAUUAUUUCGAACAUGCCAACCCAUAAACAAUACGCAACCCUCCCGUGCUUUCUUUUUCAACGCAAUAGCAGAGGCAUUUGCAUCAUUAGUACAGUAUUCAAGACCUGGUGACAUCGAAAGUGCAUGUUUCCUAAUCGAAAAUACAACAGGUUCUAAUCCAGAAAAGUUGGCUUCCUAUGUCAACACACAGUAUACUGGUGAAUGCAUGGGAUUAUAUAAUGAAUUCUUAGAUGUAUACACAUCUCCUAACAUAACUGCAGAUGAAUUGCGCCAAUGGCACUAUCAAACUUGCACAGAAUAUGGCUGGUUUCAAACUUCAACAUCCAAUAACCAACCUUUGGGUAAUACAUUUCCUUUAGAAAUGUUUAAUCAAAUCUGCAAAGAUAUAUUCGGAUUAGAAUAUGAUGAAGAAGUAUUAAGUGUUGGUGUGGAAAGAACAAAUGCUUUCAAUGGAGCUGAUACUCCAGAAAUAUCUCGACUCAUUUCAGUACAUGGUAGCGUUGAUCCUUGGCAUGCGGUGGGAUUAUUGAGAGAUCUUCAUUCUACGGCACUUACAUUUGUGGUUCAAGGUUCUUCUCACUGUGCCGAUCUCAGAUCUGCAUCAAAUAGUGAUUCCGAACAAAUCAGACAAACAAAACUCACAAUUCGGACAACAAUAGCGAGAUGGUUGGACGAAAUAAAAUAUGGUACAUCAUCUGGAAAUAGUUUACGAACAAGUGUAAUAACUAUUAUGGCUACUGUAAUUUGUUUCAUUUAUAAUUUCUAAUUUCUUACAUUCAUGUAAAAUGAAGUGGAUUUGCCUAGUACAUGCAAUUGUGCAGUCAAUAAAAUUAAUUGAAAUUAA